AUGUCGUUCGUCUUCGCCGUCCAUGAGAACAUGGCUGGAGCAGGGCCUGCCUCGUCGACGGCGAAGCUGAACAGCUACGAAGGCGAAGAGAACGAUGGAGAUGAAUACCGCACGAGCGAGUCUCGUCGCCAGAUCGGACUGGUGUCCGCCGUCUUUCUCAUCUUCAAUCGCAUGAUCGGGACCGGCAUCUUCGCUACGCCCAGCGCCAUCUUUGCUCUCUCAGGCAGUGUCGGCCUCUCUCUCGUCAUCUGGGUCGCGGGCAUGCUCAUAGCCGGUGCUGGCAUGGCCGUCUACCUCGAGUUUGGCACGGCCUUGCCGCGCAACGGCGGAGAGAAGAACUAUCUCGAGUUCGUCUACCGCAAGCCCCGGUUUCUCGUCACGGGCCUCUAUGCCGGCUACGUCGUGCUCCUGGGAUGGGCGGGUUCGAAUUCGGUCGUGUUUGGAGAAUACAUCCUCCACGCAGCGCAGAUAGAGGUCAACCGGUGGAAUCAGCGUGGGAUCGGCCUCGCCUGCAUCACCGCGGCCUUCCUCAUCCACGGCCUUGCGCUGAAAUGGGGGCUGCGGCUGCAGAACUUCCUCGGCGUCGUCAAGCUGCUCACCAUCCUCCUCAUCGUCUUCUCUGGCUUUGCCGCCCUCGGAGGCGCCAUCAGGGUGGAGAAGCCGGACAACUUUCGCAACGGCUUCGAAGGCACCACCGGGAGCACGUACGGGGUCGUCACGGCCCUCUACAGCACCAUCUGGAGCUAUAUCGGCUACAGCAACGCCAACUACGCCCUCAGUGAGACCAAGAACCCCGUCAGGACCCUCAAGAUCGCUGGCCCCCUUGCCCUCGGCACCGUGGCUGCUCUGUACAUGCUGGCGAACAUCGCCUACUUUGCCGCCGUCCCCAAGGAUGAGAUCGUUUCCUCUGGCCGAAUCCUUGCUGCAUCUUUCUUCCGUAACAUGUUCGGCGAGCGUGCAGAAAGGGUUCUGUCUGUUCUCGUGGCCCUAUCCGCCUUUGGAAACACCCUCAGUGUCAUAUUCUCCCAAGGCCGCCUGGUGCAGGAACUAGGUCGUGAAGGUAUCCUACCUUUCUCCAGGUUCUGGGCCAGCAACAGGCCCAGGAACGCUCCCUUGGCUGGUCUCUUCGCACACUGGCUUGUCUCUGUCGUCAUCAUGCUCGCACCACCCCCUGGCGACGCAUACAACUUCAUCCUCAAUGUAAUAUCAUAUCCUCUUGCGGUCGUCAAUGUCUUCGUCGCCGGCGGCCUUAUCCAUCUCUACCUUCACCGCGACAGUUUCCAGUGGGCUCCUCCAUUUAGCGCCACUCUGCCAGUUGCAGUAUUCUUUCUCCUGAGUAACAUUUACCUCACCGUUGCCCCGUUCGUACCUCCCACCGAAGGCCAGAACGUGUACAAGAGUCUCCCGUACUACCUCCACUGCAUAGUCGGAAUCGCAAUCAUCGCUGCUGGCGGUGUGUACUGGCUGGUCUGGGCGCGACUGCUCCCCUGGCUAAGGGGCUAUACUCUCGAGUGCGAGGUCAUCACCCAGGAAGACGGAUGGUCGAGAAGGAGGUUCUACCACAAACACUAG